AUGGCUAUUUCUGAUGAGCAUGGGUCUCAGGGUCCAACAGUCGUUGGUAUCUGUUUGGCCUUUGCGGUCUUGACAUUCGUUGUCUUGUCGCUGAGACUCUUCGCACGUAUCUAUGUUCUGGGAAAGAUGGGUCUUGAUGACUAUCUCAUCAUCGGCGCUUGUUGCUUAGCAUGGGCAUUCAUUGGUGCCACCAUCGUCGCCGUGAACAAUGGACUCGGCGAGCAUUACGAGUGGACUGAUAAGACCAAGCUUGUUGACUACUCCUUUGCCGUAUGGUUGAGUUCUAUGUUCUACCUUGCAUGUCUCGGCUUCGUCAAAACAUCUGUGCUCUGGUUCUACACUCGUCUAGGAGACCGCACUCUCACCCGAAUCUCAUACGUGAUGAUGGCAGUCAUCGUGAGCCAAGCAUUCUCUUUCGUGCUCGUCGCAGGCUUCCAAUGCCAGCCUAUCAGCAAGGCAUGGGCCGGCGGUCCCGGAAAAUGCGUCCAAAUCAACAUCUUCUACCUCGCCAACGCUGCUCUGAAUAUCUUGACCGAUCUCCUUACCUAUACCCUCCCUAUCAGAGUUAUUUUCAAAUUGCAAAUGCCCCAAAAGCAAAAGAUCGCCCUCAUCUUCAUUCUCUGCCUGGGUCUUUUCGCCUGUGUCUCCUCCAUCAUCCGAAUCACCUACAUUCCUUCCAUGCUCACCUCAGCCGACUACACCUACGCCAUCAGUGGCGCCAUGUACUGGUCCGUUAUUGAGACCAACAUCGCCAUCUUCGCCGCGUCAAUCCCCUCCUUCAAAGCCAUCGCCUCACGCUUCAUCCCCCGCUUCAUUGGCGAAUACAGCAACAGUGGCCGCAAGUACGCCUGGUCUAGCACCCCCGACGCGCGCCGCUACGGCUCCGGUUUCACCAAGGUCACCGAUCCAAAAAAUCUCACCAUGAAUGGCAGGGAAGAUAUUGCGAUGGGUACGCAGAUUGGCGCUACUAUGGCAGAUAACUCAAGUGAGGAGCGGAUUAUCGUUCCCGAUGGAAAGAUCUUUGCGCACACGGAGAUUGAGACGACUGUUGAGUCGAACACUGAGUAUCGUUCGUCGAUGGAGCAGGCUCAUCGGCCAAAAGGAGGGGUUUAA